AUGGUUCGGUGCUUCUAUGUGCACUCACGUUCCUGCAGGAUAGCAGUCGUAGGCAAUGUAGACGCUGGCAAGUCCACUUUGCUAGGCGUCUUGACACAUGGAGAAUUGGACAAUGGCCGUGGUCAAGCUCGGCUUCGGCUAUUCCGACACAAACAUGAGACUGAAUCCGGUCGCACCAGCUCUGUGGGCAACGAUAUUAUGGGCUUUUCGGCUACCGGCGAACUUGUUAACAAACCAAUCCACGGAGAACUUAAUUGGCCUGCUAUCUGUGAAGCCGCGUCAAAGGUGAAUUUAUCUUUUUUUACUCAUUAUUUCUAA